GGAUCACUCACCAAUACGCUCGCAUUUGUUAGAUCAGCCUUGACUUGUGGUUCAGUUGACCAUAAGUACGUCUUCUAAUGCUAACCAAAGCUUUAGAUAGGAAACUCAUAGAAGCUCCUUGUAGGCCACUCUUGCGAUUUGAUUGCUAAAUUCAGAAUCACCGGAGUUUUGGGUAGUCUACUUUCUUACGAACACAAGUAUUUCAGUGGCACAAGCUUUCAGCCGAAACUGUCCAACAAUUUAGCGAAUGGCUCUUUUCCGAAAAGCUACGUCAAAGGACAGUUCAAAAUCAAGGAGAUGCUCAUUGUUUUCUUUAAUUACUGAACACGAAAGAAUCAUCGCUCAGCCAGAUUAAACUACCUGUGAUUUUUUACUGUUCUCAUAACUGAAAGAUUCGCUUUGGGUAGCGCGUCAAGUGUCCAUUGAAGCCGUUAAAAAUCAUACGCAGAAAUACAAUAAAUUUUUUCGGCACUGACUAUCAAAAAAAUGGUCAAAUGAUUGGCAUUAUUCUUGCAGGGUACAAUGUAUAUACUUGUAUAUAUAUAUGUAUGUAGUAAUAUAUAGCCUAUCGGCUACAACUCACUGCCAGAUGUACACCAUAUUCGACUAGACUCUAUAUGAUACAUGUAGAGCGACGAACGCGCACAAUAACAGACGCUGGCGUUAUAAAAUCCUUGUGAUAUAUGCAAAUCGAAAUAGAUGUACGCGAACCGCACAUCUGUUUAGACGUGUGAUCAUUUUUUUGAAAUUGAAAAUAUAUGAAAACGCUGACAAACGCAAGAGGCGAUUUUCAUUAAACAGUUCUCUACGGCAGCAGCAGUGACAAUCCACAGUAUAGGUACAUAUGCAACUGUAGAAAAUUGCUAUUACUGAAAACAUUAUUCAAAAUAAAUAAAUACAAAGCUAUUUGAAAAAAAGUGAAACUAAAGUAAUUUUAUAUAAAACUGUAAAGUUGAACAACAACAAUAGCAAAUCUAGAAAAGGCAAUUUCUUACUGCAAUCAUAUUGUGUGCGCCGUUAUUGCCCUCUUUACUGAACGAGCACAACACACACUCAUACAAACAACUGACAUAUCAAUAAAAACAAGAUAAACACACACGCACAAACUUACAUGCACAGUGUAUUUUAUUUUUAAUUAUCAAUACAGCGUUGCAAAUCACUAAAGUGUUGUUAAACAAUAGCGCAGACAGGCACGCAUAAAACAAAGAAUAAAACCAACAAGAACUGAAUUAUAAAAUAAAUAAAUUUAUAACCAACACAUUUUACCUACAUAUAUUAGCGCCAACGUCGAGUUGAACUUUUCUUAACAUGGGCCCAACACGGAUACUAACCAAGGACGGCGGUUUUGGCACACAAAUGACUGUGCAUGUUGGCAACGCCGUUGAUGGUGAUCCGCUAUGGAGCGCUAGAUUCAACGCUACAAAUCCAGCGGCUGUUAUCAACACACAUUUAGAUUUUUUGCAAAAUGGUGCCGACAUGAUACUGACUAACACUUAUCAGUGCAGUGUUGAAGGUUAUGUUGACUACUUGGAUUUGGAUGUGGAGCAAAGCAUUGAGUUGAUCAAGAAAACAGUGCGUUUGGCGCAUAUUGCUAAAGAUAAAUACUUGGCGGAAUGUUGCGAAGCGAAACUGCACGUACCCGAUGGUUUCCCUCUUAUACUUGCUUCAAUCGGUCCAUAUGGCGCCCAUUUGCAUGACGGCUCCGAGUACACUGGCGAAUAUGUGGACCAUCUAACAUUGAAAGAGAUUACCGACUGGCAUCGUACACGUAUUGAUGCUUGUAUAGCAGCUGGCGUUGAUGCGUUGGCCAUCGAGACAAUCCCCUGUCAGGCUGAAGCGGAAGCGUUAGUAGAAAUGUUAUGUGAUGAUUAUCCAGAUGUUAAAUUUUGGAUAGCUUAUCAAUGUAAGGAUGAAAGCACUUUAGCGCAUGGAGAAAAUUUCGCAGAUGCGACACGCUCGUUAUGGGAACUAUUAAGAGAACGCAACGCACAAAGUAAAUGCUUGGCAAUAGGUGUUAAUUGCGUGCAUCCGAGGUUUGUAACGCCAUUGUUCAAAAGUUUAAAUGGUAACACACCUGAUGCCGAGAAGAUACCACUAGUUGCGUAUCCGAACAGCGGAGAAAUUUAUGAUGUAGCGAAGGGUUGGCAAGGGCGCGAACAUUGUGUACCAUUGGCAAGUUACGUGCCAGAAUGGUCUAAAUUGGGCGCGAAAAUCAUCGGUGGAUGCUGUCGUACAUAUGCCAGAGAUGUUCGUCUAAUUUCAGAAAAUGUGAAAGCACAAAAUAAUUCAAGCAGAUUAAUUUAGUUCAUACAAAGAUCGUUGAUCUCAAAAUAGAUAAAUUAUGUAGAGAAAUGUACAAAAAAUAAUUUUAUACCAAUUUUUUAUUUAAAAUAAAUAAACAAAUAAACUAUU